GAGGGAGAAGCUUCAUGCUGAGCUGAAACAGGUUUUGAGUCAGAAGAGAAGUCACCUGAGAGAGUUGUCCUGCCAACUGGCCCAACCAGAGAUGGACUCCAAUCCCACAGAGGAACAGACAAGUGCAGACGAAGCCACCAAGUCCAUGGAAAUCGUGGUGGAAACGGAGGCAGAGGCCGGAGCCAGUGGCUACAGUGUGACUGGUGGAGGAGAGAGAGGGAUCUUUGUUAAAGAUGUCCUCAAAGAUUCUCCUGCUGCCAAACAUCUCAGUCUCCAGCAAGGAGACCAGCUGCUGAGUGCAAAGGUCUACUUCGACAAUGUGAGGUAUGAAGAUGCUCUGAAGAUCCUGCAGUGUGCGGAGCCAUAUAAAGUCAGCUUCCUACUGAAGAGGACCAUCCCCAAUUCAGAGGUCAAUGUGCGACCUCGAGUUCCCAGUGUGGAGGUCAAAGGUCCCAAAGCCAAGGUGGCCAAAAUGAGUGUAAAGGGAACCAAGCCAUUCAAAGCCAAGAAAAAAAGAGGUGGACGUUUUGGUCUGAAGAGGCUGAAAGAAAAGCACAAGGAGGACGUGGUGAUAGAGGGAUCUCCUCCCAGGCUGGAGAAGAGUGAUGUGGAUGUUGAGUUCUCUCUCCCCAAAUUCAAACAGAGGAGGGAUGUAAAGACUGACGCAGAAGGAGAAGGAGGAGAAGCAGCCAUGGGAAAGGCAAAGGGGAAGAUCAGGUUUCCCCAAAUGAAAGCAAAAGGAGGAAAAGUGGAAACAGGACAACUUGAGGGACAGAUGAAUAUUUCUCCAACUGAGAUAAAUGGAGCAAAAGUGAAAACUAAAGAAAAGGGACACAAGUUUGGAAUCACCUAUCUGAAGACAAAACACACAAAGUCAGGCUCAGCUUUGGAAACUGGAUCUAUGGAGCUGAGGUCACCAGGAGUGAACAUUCAGCCACCAUCGGCAGAGUUUAGAUUGUCUGGUAAUAAAGGCUUGGAUGUGGAGGGAGGGGGGAUUAAGUUAAAUGCCCCUGAUUUACAGUUCCCUUCAGCUGAAGCAUCUUUGCCUGUUGGAAAGGGAAAGGCACAAAUUAAAGCUCCUAAAAUUGACAUCAAAGGAGGAGGUGAUGCAGGUGCGGGAAAAGCAGAUAUAGACAUGGGCAAAGGAGAUGCAAAGCUCAGAAUGGCGAAAUUGAAAUUACCCAAGGUCAGACUCUCACAUCAUUCUGACGAAAUAGAUGCUAACAUCAAGGUAAAAGCUGAAGGAGUGAAAAUGCCCAGCGUUGAUAUAACACCUCCAAAAGUAGAAAUCAAAGGAGGGAAGAAGACUAAUCUCCCUGCAGCUAAUAUCACAAAACCAAAAGUGGAGGGUAAUCUUUCAGUACAUGCUGCAUCUUUUGCAAUACCUUCAGUGAAAGGAAAGUCUGACAUUGACGUCUCACUCCCAGAGUAUAAAGGAGCUGGGAAGGCCACAAUCCAAAAGCCUACAAUUGACAUCUCAAUGGCUGAUGUUAAUUUGAAAAUGGACACUGGGCAAAGACUGCCUGAUGAGGUGGAGGGCACUCUCAAAGGGCCAAAAAUUCCCAUGCCAAAGGUUGACGUCUCAGUACCCAAGAUGGGAUCACCAGAUGUGACUAUUGAAUGUCCAGAGGGUGGAGGGAAGUUCAAUUUACCUGUUGACAUCUCACUCCCACAGGUGAAAGCAGAGGGUGGAGAUGUCGACAUGGAUUAUUAUAUUGGGGGUGACGGGAAGUUCAAAAUGCCAAAUUUUGACAUAUCUAUCCCAAAGAUGAAGCCAGCAGAAAGAGACAUAAGAAUAGAAGAGAUGAAGGGAGGCAUCAAGUUGCCCAAAGUUAAUGUAACCCUUCCAGAAGGCAAGGCAGGGACAACUGAUACUAAAGGGGAAGGAAAAUUUAAAUUACCAUCAUUUGACAUAUCUGUCCCUAAAACAGGGGAGACGGAUGUCAACAUUGUGGGUCCUGAUGUGAAAGGACACAAAUAUGAAAUCACAUCUGACAUUUCUCUGCCGAAAGGCCAAUUUGAGGGAGAAUUCGAAGUAGAAGGGCAUGCUGGGAAAGGAGGCAAAUUCAAAAUGCAAACGUUUGAUGUUUCUUUACCCAAACCGAAACAACCAGAGAGUCAAGUAAAAAUAGAGGGCCCCAUGUAUGAGGGUGGAGGUGAGAUCCAGAUGCCAUCUGUGGAUUUAUCUUUGCCAAAAGUGAAGAUGGAGAGUGACAUUGACACUGAGGGUCCAUCUGUAAAAGGAGGGAAGUUGAAAAUGCCCUCACUAGAUGUCCAACUACCAAAGAUUGGGACAUCUGAAGGAAAAGGGGGCAAAUUCAAGGGUGAUGUAAAUUUUGAAGGUUCUGAAGGCAUAGGGGGCACGAUAAAAAUGCCACAAUUUGAUAUUUCAAUGCCAAAGGUGAAUUUUCCUGAGAGUGAUUUAAAUUUUAAAGGGCCAGACAUCAAAAGCAAAACAAUUGAGAUGCCAGAUAUCUCUCUCCCCACAAUGAAAACAGGGGGGGGCAAUGUUGAUAUUGAAGAACCUGAACUUAAAGGUGACAUUACACUACCCAAAGGAAAAUUAAAGUUUGACCUUGAUAUCAAGGACCCUGAGGGAAAAGGGGGGAAAAUUAAAAUGCCACAAUUGGAUGCGUCAUUGCCAAAAAUGAGUCUCCCAGAGGGUGAUAUCAAAAUUAAAGGCCCUGACAUCAAGGGAAAGAAGAUUGAGAUGCCAGACAUUGAUAUUUCACUCCCCAAAAAGAAAGCACAAGGAAAUAUUGAAAUUGAAGAACAUCAUAUUAAAGGAGGCAAGUUCCAUAUGCCUUCUGUUGACAUAGCUCUUCCUAAAAUGAAACCUAAAGGACCAAAUGUUGAUAUAGAAGGUCCUGGACUCAAAGGGGGAAACAUCAACAUGCCAGACAUUGACCUUUCACUUCCCAAGGGAAAGGCAGAUGUUGACCUCAGUAUUGAAGGUCCUGGGUUAAAAGGAGGAACAUUAAAAAUGCCCAAAUUUGAUGUUUCACUUCCAAAGAUGAACCUGCCAGAGGACACUGUAAAAUUGAAAGGACCUGAUGUUAAAGGAAAGCUGGAAAUGCAGAGUAUUGAUGUUUCACUUCCUAAAAGAAAAGUAAAGGUAGAUGUAGAUAUUGAGGGACAUGGUGACAAAGGAGGAAGGUUCCACAUGCCCUCAGUUAAUAUCGCUCUCCCCACCAUAAAAACAAUGGGGGGCAAUGUUGAUAUUGGAGGACCUGAACUAAAAGGUGACAUUUCACUGCCAGAGGGAAAUGUUAAGGGUGACAUAAAUGUUGAAGGCCCUGAGGUAAAAGGGGGCAAAUUUAAAAUGCCUGCAUUGCCAAAAGUAAGUUUGCCAGAGGGUGAUAUUAAAAUGAAAGGCCCAGACAUCAAAGCAAAGAGGAUUGAGAUGCCAGACAUUGAUAUUUCACCACCAUCCAAGUCAAUUAAGUUAAAAGGUGCGGACAUUGAGAAAAAAGUUGCAGAAGCUCCAGAUGCAUCCCUUAAACUUUCCUCCAUUAAAGUACCGACAGUUGACAUCACAGCUCCGAAGGUGGAUUUAGAAUUAGGACUCACAAAACCUAAAGGCGAUGAUGUGGAGGUCGAACUUCUCAAAGCAGGAGGAGCUAGGCCUUCUUCCAUGGGCAGCUUUGAUUUACCGGACGUCUCUAUAAAAAUGCCUAGUUUUACAUUUCCCAGAAUUGGUGGAAAGUCCAAGACUGUUGACUUCAAAUUAUCAGGACAGUGCCCCAAGGGAGACGUUUCCCUCAGCCCUCCACAUGUAGAUGGAAAGGUAAGAACUCCAUCGGUAGAGUUAGAUGGGGGCGGAAAGAUCAAACUGAAAAAACCUAAAAUCAAAAUGCCCUCUUUUGGAAUAAAAUCUCUUCCAAAAGGAAAGAUCGAAGGUCCAGAGGUGGAGCUCAAAGGGGAGGGUGGAAAAUUUAAGAUUCCCGAUCUCAACAUGCCCUCUGUUGAUAUUUCUCUUCCAAAAGGAAAGGUUGAAGGUCCAGAAUUUGACAUUUCUCAAAUAAAAACUCCAGAUGUUGAUGUCUCUCUGCCCAAAGGAAAGAUUGAAGGUCCAGAGGUGGAGCUCAAAGGAGAGGGUGGAAAUUUUAAGGUGCCCCAUCUCAGCAUGCCCUCUGUUGAUAUUUCUCUUCCAAAGGGAAAAGGGAAGAUUGAAGGUCCAGAUGUCAAAAUGGAAAGAGGUACAGGAGGAAAAUUCAAAAUGCCUCACGUGAAAAUGCCAGAUAUUGACAUCUCUUUACCCAAAGGGAAGAUUGAAGGUCCAGAAUUUGACAUGACCCACAUAAAAACUCCUGAUGUUGAUAUCACUCUGCCUAAAGGAAAGAUUGAAGGUCCAGAUGUCGAACUGGAGGGAGGAACUGCAGGAAAAUUCAAAAUGCCUCACAUGAAAAUGCCAAAUGUGGACUUCUCUUUGCCCAAAGGAAAAAUUGAAGGUCCAGAAGUCGAACUGGAAGGAGGUACUGGAGAAAAAUUCAAAAUGCCUCAUGUGAAAAUGCCAGAUAUUGAUGUCUCUCUGCCAAAAGGAAAGAUUGAAGGUCCAGAGGUAGAGCUCAAAGGGGAAGGUGGAAAAUUCAAGAUGCCCCAUCUCAGCAUGCCCUCUGUUGAUUUUUCUCUUCCAAAAGGAAAGGGGAAGAUUGAAGGUCCAGAGGUUGAACUGGAAGGAGGUACUGGAGGAAAAUUCAAAAUGCCUCACAUGAAAAUGCCAAAUAUUGACAUCUCUUUGCCCAAAGGGAAGAUUGAAGGUCCAGAAUUUGACACGCCGCACAUAAAAACUCCAGAUGUUGAUAUCACUCUGCCUAAAGGAAAGAUUGAAGGUCCAGAGGUUGAAUUGGAAGGAGGAACUGGAGGAAAAUUCAAAAUGCCUCAUAUGAAAAUGCCAAAUGUUGACUUCUCUUUGCCCAAAGGAAAAAUUGAAGAUCCGGAAGUCGAACUGGAAGGAGGUACUGGAGGAAAAUUCAAAAUGCCUCACAUGAAAAUGCCAAAUAUUGACAUCUCGUUGCCCAAAGGAAAGAUUGAAGGUCCAGAAUUUGACAUGCCUCAUAUAAAAACUCCCAAUGUUGAUAUCACUCCGCCUAAAGGAAAGAUUGAAGGUCCACAGGUCGAACUGGAGGGAGGAACUGGAGUGAAAUUCAAAAUUCCGCACAUGAAAAUGCCAAAUGUGGACUUCUCUUUGCCCAAAGGAAAAAUUGAAGGUCCAGAAGUCGAACUAGAAGGAGCUACUGGAGGGAAAUUCAAAAUGCCUCAUGUUAAAAUGCCAGAUAUUGAUGUCUCUCUACCCAAAGGAAAGAUUGAAGGUCCGGAGGUGGAGCUCAAAGGGGAAGGUGGAAAAUUUAAGAUGCCCCAUCUCAGCAUGCCCUCUGUUGACAUUUCUCUUCCAAAGGGAAAGGGCAAGAUUGAAGGUCCAGAAGUUGAUCUGGAAGGAGGAACUGGAGGAAAAUUCAAAAUGCCUCACAUGAAAAUGCCAAAUAUUGAUGUUUCUCUGCCUAAAGGAAAGAUUGAAGGUCAAGAAGUAGAACUGGAAGGAGGUACUGGAGGAAAAUUCAAAAUGCCUCACAUGAAAAUACCAGAUAUUGAUGUCUCUCUGCCCAAAGGAAAGAUUGAAGGUCCUGAGGUGGAGCUCAAAGGGGAAGGUGGAAUAUUCAAGAUGCCCCAUCUCAGCAUGCCCUCUGUUGAUAUUUCUCUUCCAAAGGGAAAGGGGAAGAUUGAAGGUCCAGAUGUUGAACUGGAAGGAGGUGCUGGAGGAAAAUUCAAAAUGCCUCACAUGAAAAUGCCAAAUUUUGACAUCUCUUUGCCCAAAGGGAAGAUUGAAGGUCCAGAAUUUGACACACCGCACAUAAAAACUCCAGAUGUUGAUAUCACUCUGCCUAAAGGAAAGAUUGCAGGUCCAGAGGUUGAAUUGGGAGGAGGAACUGGAGGAAAAUUCAAAAUGCCUCACGUGAAAAUGCCAGAUAUUGAUGUCUCUCUGCCCAAAGGAAAGAUUGAAGGUCCAGAGGUAGAGCUCAAAGGGGAAGGUGGAAAAUUCAAGAUGCCCCAUCUCAGCAUGCCCUCUGUUGAUUUUUCUCUUCCAAAAGGAAAGGGGAAGAUUGAAGGUCCAGAGGUUGAACUGGAAGGAGGUACUGGAGGAAAAUUCAAAAUGCCUCACAUGAAAAUGCCAAAUAUUGACAUCUCUUUGCCCAAAGGAAAGAUUGAAGGUCCAGAAUUUGACAUGCCUCAUAUAAAAACUCCCAAUGUUGAUAUCACUCUGCCUAAAGGAAAAAUUGAAGGUCCAGAUGUUGAACUGGAAGGAGGUACUGGAGGAAAAUUCAAAAUGCCUCACAUGAAAAUGCCAGAUAUUGAUGUCUCUCUGCCCAAAGGAAAGAUUGAAGGUCCAGAAGUGGAGCUCAAAGGGGAAGGUGGAAAAUUUAAGAUGCCACAUCUCAGCAUGCCCUCUGUUGAUUUUUCUCUUCCAAAGGGAAAGGGGAAAAUUGAAGGUCCAGAUGUUGAACUGGAAGGAGGUACUGGAGGAAAAUUCAAAAUGCCUCACAUGAAAAUGCCAAAUAUUGACAUCUCUUUGCCCAAAGGGAAGAUUGAAGGUCCAGAAUUUGACACGCCUCACAUAAAAACUCCUGAUGUUGAUAUCACUCUGCCUAAAGGAAAGAUUGCAGGUCCAGAGGUUGAAUUGGGAGGAGGAACUGGAGGAAAAUUAAAAAUGCCUCACGUGAAAAUGCCAGAUAUUGAUGUCUCUCUGCCCAAAGGAAAGAUUGAAGUUCCAGAGGUAGAGCUCAAAGGGGAAGGUGGAAAAUUCAAGAUGCCCCAUCUCAGCAUGCCCUCUGUUGAUUUUUCUCUUCCAAAAGGAAAGGGGAAGAUUGAAGGUCCAGAGGUUGAACUGGAAGGAGGUACUGGAGGAAAAUUCAAAAUGCCUCACAUGAAAAUGCCAAAUAUUGAUGUUUCUCUGCCUAAAGGAAAGAUUGAAGGUCAAGAAGUAGAACUGGAAGGAGGUACUGGAGGAAAAUUCAAAAUGCCUCACAUGAAAAUACCAGAUAUUGAUGUCUCUCUGCCCAAGGGAAAGAUUGAAGGUCCUGAGGUGGAGCUCAAAGGGGAAGGUGGAAUAUUCAAGAUGCCCCAUCUCAGCAUGCCCUCUGUUGAUAUUUCUCUUCCAAAGGGAAAGGGGAAGAUUGAAGGUCCAGAUGUUGAACUGGAAGGAGGUGCUGGAGGAAAAUUCAAAAUGCCUCACAUGAAAAUGCCAAAUUUUGACAUCUCUUUGCCCAAAGGGAAGAUUGAAGGUCCAGAAUUUGACACACCGCACAUAAAAACUCCAGAUGUUGAUAUCACUCUGCCUAAAGGAAAGAUUGCAGGUCCAGAGGUUGAAUUGGGAGGAGGAACUGGAGGAAAAUUCAAAAUGCCUCACGUGAAAAUGCCAGAUAUUGAUGUCUCUCUGCCCAAAGGAAAGAUUGAAGGUCCAGAGGUAGAGCUCAAAGGGGAAGGUGGAAAAUUCAAGAUGCCCCAUCUCAGCAUGCCCUCUGUUGAUUUUUCUCUUCCAAAAGGAAAGGGGAAGAUUGAAGGUCCAGAGGUUGAACUGGAAGGAGGUACUGGAGGAAAAUUCAAAAUGCCUCACAUGAAAAUGCCAAAUAUUGACAUCUCUUUGCCCAAAGGAAAGAUUGAAGGUCCAGAAUUUGACAUGCCUCAUAUAAAAACUCCCAAUGUUGAUAUCACUCUGCCUAAAGGAAAAAUUGAAGGUCCAGAUGUUGAACUGGAAGGAGGUACUGGAGGAAAAUUCAAAAUGCCUCACAUGAAAAUGCCAGAUAUUGAUGUCUCUCUGCCCAAAGGAAAGAUUGAAGGUCCAGAAGUGGAGCUCAAAGGGGAAGGUGGAAAAUUUAAGAUGCCACAUCUCAGCAUGCCCUCUGUUGAUUUUUCUCUUCCAAAGGGAAAGGGGAAAAUUGAAGGUCCAGAUGUUGAACUGGAAGGAGGUACUGGAGGAAAAUUCAAAAUGCCUCACAUGAAAAUGCCAAAUAUUGACAUCUCUUUGCCCAAAGGGAAGAUUGAAGGUCCAGAAUUUGACACGCCUCACAUAAAAACUCCUGAUGUUGAUAUCACUCUGCCUAAAGGAAAGAUUGCAGGUCCAGAGGUUGAAUUGGGAGGAGGAACUGGAGGAAAAUUAAAAAUGCCUCACGUGAAAAUGCCAGAUAUUGAUGUCUCUCUGCCCAAAGGAAAGAUUGAAGUUCCAGAGGUAGAGCUCAAAGGGGAAGGUGGAAAAUUCAAGAUGCCCCAUCUCAGCAUGCCCUCUGUUGAUUUUUCUCUUCCAAAAGGAAAGGGGAAGAUUGAAGGUCCAGAGGUUGAACUGGAAGGAGGUACUGGAGGAAAAUUCAAAAUGCCUCACAUGAAAAUGCCAAAUAUUGAUGUCUCUCUGCCUAAAGGAAAGAUUGAAGGUCCGGAAGUAGAACUGGAAGGAGGUACUGGAGGAAAAUUCAAAAUGCCUCAAUUGGAAAUGCCAGAUAUUGAUGUCGCUCUGCCCAAAGGAAAGAUUGAAGGUCCAGAAGUGGAGCUCAAAGGGGAAGGUGGAAAAUUUAAGAUGCCACAUCUCAGCAUGCCCACUGUUGAUUUUUCUCUUCCAAAAGGAAAGGGGAAAAUUGAAGGUCCAGAUGUUGAACUGGAAGGAGGUACUGGAGGAAAAUUCAAAAUGCCUCACAUGAAAAUGCCAAAUGUCGACUUCUCUUUGCCCAAAGGAAAAGUUGAAGGUCCGGAAGUCGAACUGGAAGGAAGUACUGGAGGAAAAUUCAAAAUGCCUCACAUGAAAAUGCCAGAUAUUGACAUCUCUUUGCCCAAAGGGAAGAUUGAAGGUCCAGAAUUUGACACGCCUCACAUAAAAACUCCUGAUGUUGAUAUCACUCUGCCUAAAGGAAAGAUUGCAGGUCCAGAGGUUGAAUUGGAAGGAGGAACUGGAGGAAAAUUCAAAAUGCCUCACGUGAAAAUGCCAGAUAUUGAUGUCUCUCUGCCCAAAGGAAAGAUUGAAGGUCCAGAGGUAGAGUUCAAAGGGGAAGGUGGAAAAUUCAAGAUGCCCCAUCUCAGCAUGCCCUCUGUUGAUUUUUCUCUUCCAAAAGGAAAGGGGAAGAUUGAAGGUCCAGAGGUUGAACUGGAAGGAGGUACUGGAGGAAAAUUCAAAAUGCCUCACAUGAAAAUGCCAAAUAUUGACAUCUCUUUGCCCAAAGGAAAGAUUGAAGGUCCAGAAUUUGACAUGCCUCAUAUAAAAACUCCCAAUGUUGAUAUCACUCUGCCUAAAGGAAAAAUUGAAGGUCCAGAUGUUGAACUGGAAGGAGGUACUGGAGGAAAAUUCAAAAUGCCUCACGUGAAAAUGCCAGAUAUUGAUGUCUCUCUGCCCAAAGGAAAGAUUGAAGGUCCAGAGGUAGAGCUCAAAGGGGAAGGUGGAAAAUUCAAGAUGCCCCAUCUCAGCAUGCCCUCUGUUGAUUUUUCUCUUCCAAAAGGAAAGGGGAAGAUUGAAGGUCCAGAGGUUGAACUGGAAGGGGGUACUGGAGGAAAAUUCAAAAUGCCUCACAUGAAAAUGCCAAAUAUUGACAUCUCUUUGCCCAAAGGAAAGAUUGAAGGUCCAGAAUUUGACAUGCCUCAUAUAAAAACUCCCAAUGUUGAUAUCACUCUGCCUAAAGGAAAAAUUGAAGGUCCAGAUGUUGAACUGGAAGGAGGUACUGGAGGAAAAUUCAAAAUGCCUCACAUGAAAAUGCCAGAUAUUGAUGUCUCUCUGCCCAAAGGAAAGAUUGAAGGUCCAGAAGUGGAGCUCAAAGGGGAAGGUGGAAAAUUUAAGAUGCCACAUCUCAGCAUGCCCUCUGUUGAUUUUUCUCUUCCAAAGGGAAAGGGGAAAAUUGAAGGUCCAGAUGUUGAACUGGAAGGAGGUACUGGAGGAAAAUUCAAAAUGCCUCACAUGAAAAUGCCAAAUUUUGACAUCUCUUUGCCCAAAGGGAAGAUUGAAGUUGCAGAAUUUGACACGCCUCACAUAAAAACUCCUGAUGUUGAUAUCACUCUGCCUAAAGGAAAGAUUGACGGUCCAGAGGUUGAAUUGGAAGGAGGAACUGGAGGAAAAUUCAAAAUGCCUCAUAUGAAAAUGCCAAAUGUUGACUUCUCAUUGCCCAAAGGAAAAAUUGAAGGUCCAGAAGUCGAACUAGAAGGAGGUACUGGAGGAAAAUUCAAAAUGCCUCAUGUUAAAAUGCCAGAUAUUGAUGUCUCUCUGCCCAAAGGAAAGAUUGAAGGUCCGGAAGUGGAGCUCAAAGGGGAAGGUGGAAAAUUUAAGAUGCCCCAUCUCAGCAUGCCCUCUGUUGACAUUUCUCUUCCAAAGGGAAAGGGCAAGAUUGAAGGUCCAGAUGUUGAUCUGGAAGGAGGAACUGGAGGAAAAUUCAAAAUGCCUCACAUGAAAAUGCCAAAUGUUGACUUCUCUUUGCCCAAAGGAAAAAUUGAAGGUCCGGAAGUCGAACUGGAAGGAGGUACUGGAGGGAAAUUCAAAAUGCCUCACAUGAAAAUGCCAGGUAUUGAUGUCUCUCUGCCCAAAGGAAAGAUUGAAGGUCCAGAAAUGGAGCUCAAAGGGGAAGGUGGAAAAUUUAAGAUGCCACAUCUCAGCAUGCCCUCUGUUGAUUUUUCUCUUCCAAAGGGAAAGGGGAAAAUUGAAGGUCCAGAUGUUGAACUGGAAGGAGGUACUGGAGGAAAAUUCAAAAUGCCUCACAUAAAAAUGCCAAAUUUUGACAUCUCUUUGCCCAAAGGGAAGAUUGAAGUUGCAGAAUUUGACACGCCUCACAUAAAAAGUCCUGAUGUUGAUAUCACUCUGCCUAAAGGAAAGAUUGACGGUCCAGAGGUUGAAUUCGAAGGAGGAACUGGAGGAAAAUUCAAAAUGCCUCACGUGAAAAUGCCAGAUAUUGACGUCUCUCUGCCCAAAGGAAAGAUUGAAGGUCCAGAGGUAGAGCUCAAAGGGGAAGGUGGAAAAUUCAAGAUGCCCCAUCUCAGCAUGCCCUCUGUUGAUUUUUCUCUUCCAAAAGGAAAGGGGAAGAUUGAAGGUCCAGAGGUUGAUCUGGAAGGAGGUACUGGAGGAAAAUUCAAAAUGCCUCACGUGAAAAUGCCAAAUAUUGACAUCUCUUUGCCCAAAGGAAAGAUUGAAGGUCCAGAAUUUGACAUGCCUCAUAUUAAACCUCCCAGUGUUGAUAUCACUAUGCCUAAAGGAAAAAUUGAUGGUCCAGAACUUGAACUGGAAGGAGGUACUGGAGGAAAAUUCAAAAUGCCUCACAUGAAAAUGCCAGAUAUUGAUGUCUCUCUGCCCAAAGGAAAGAUUGAAGGUCCUGAGGUGGAGCUCAAAGGGGAAGGUGGAAAAUUUAAGAUGCCCCAUCUCAGCAUGCCCUCUGUUGACAUUUCUCUUCCAAAAGGAAAGGGCAAGAUUGAAGGUCCAGAUGUUGAUCUGGAAGGAGGCACUGGAGGAAAAUUCAAAAUGCCUCACAUGAAAAUGCCAGAUAUUGAUGUCUCUCUGCCCAAAGGAAAGAUUGAAGGUCCUGAGGUGGAGCUCAAAGGGGAAGGUGGAAAAUUCAAGAUGCCCCAUCUCAGCAUGCCCUCUGUUGACAUUUCUCUUCCAAAGGGAAAAGGGAAGAUUGAAGGUCCAGAGGUUGAACUGGAAGGAGGUACUGGAGGAAAAUUCAAAAUGCCUCACGUGAAAAUGCCAAAUAUUGACAUCUCUUUGCCCAAAGGAAAGAUUGAAGGUCCAGAAUUUGACAUGCCUCAUAUAAAAACUCCCAAUGUUGAUAUCACGCUGCCUAAAGAAAAAAUUGAAGGUCCGGAUGUUGAACUGGAAGGAGGUACUGGAGGAAAAUUCAAAAUGCCUCACAUGAAAAUGCCAGAUUUUGAUGUCUCUCUGCCCAAAGGAAAGAUUGAAGGUCCUGAGGUGGAGAUCAAAGGUGAAAGUGGAAAAUUCAAGAUGCCCCAUCUCAGCAUGCCCUCUGUUGAUAUUUCUCUUCCAAAGGGAAAGGGGAAGAUUGAAGGUCCAGAUGUUGAUCUGGAAGGAGGUACUGGAGGAAAAUUCAAAAUGCCUCACAUGAAAAUGCCAAAUAUUGACAUCUCUUUGCCCAAAGGAAAGAUUGAAGGUCCAGAAUUUGACAUGCCUCAUAUUAAACCUCCCAGUGUUGAUAUCACUAUGCCUAAAGGAAAAAUUGAUGGUCCAGAAAUUGAACUGGAAGGAGGUACUGGAGGAAAAUUCAAAAUGCCUCACAUGAAAAUGCCAGAUAUUGAUGUCUCUCUGCCCAAAGGAAAGAUUGAAGGUCCUGAGGUGGAGCUCAAAGGGGAAGGUGGAAAAUUUAAGAUGCCCCAUCUCAGCAUGCCCUCUGUUGACAUUUCUCUUCCAAAGGGAAAGGGCAAGAUUGAAGGUCCAGAUGUUGAUCUGGAAGGAGGCACUGGAGGAAAAUUCAAAAUGCCUCACAUGAAAAUGCCAGGUAUUGAUGUUUCUCUGCCUAAAGGAAAGAUUGAAGGUCCAGAAGUCAAACUGGAAGGAGGUACUGGAGGAAAAUUCAAAAUGCCUCACAUGAAAAUGCCAGAUAUUGAUGUCUCUCUGCCCAAAGGAAAGAUUGAAGGUCCUGAGGUGGAGCUCAAAGGGGAAGGUGGAAAAUUCAAGAUGCCCCAUCUCAGCAUGCCCUCUGUUGAUUUUUCUCUUCCAAAGGGAAAGGGGAAGAUUGAAGGUCCAGAGGUUGAACUGGAAGGAGGUACUGGAGGAAAAUUCAAAAUGCCUCACAUGAAAAUGCCAAAUAUUGACAUCUCUUUGCCCAAAGGAAAGAUUGAAGGUCCAGAAUUUGACAUGCCUCAUAUAAAAACUCCCAAUGUUGAUAUCACGCUGCCUAAAGGAAAAAUUGAAGGUCCGGAUGUUGAACUGGAAGGAGGUACUGGAGGAAAAUUCAAAAUGCCUCACAUGAAAAUGCCAGAUUUUGAUGUCUCUCUGCCCAAAGGAAAGAUUGAAGGUCCUGAGGUGGAGAUCAAAGGGGAAAGUGGAAAAUUCAAGAUGCCCCAUCUCAGCAUGCCCUCUGUUGAUAUUUCUCUUCCAAAGGGAAAGGGGAAGAUUGAAGGUCCAGACGUUCAACUGGAAGGUGGUACUGGAGGAAAAUUAAAAAUGCCUCACAUGAAAAUGCCAAAUAUUGACAUCUCUUUGCCCAAAGGAAAGAUUGAAGGUCCAGAAUUUGACAUGCCUCAUAUAAAACCUCCCAGUGUUGAUAUCACUAUGCCUAAAGGAAAAAUUGAUGGUCCAGAACUUGAACUGGAAGGAGGUACUGGAGGAAAAUUCAAAAUGCCUCACAUGAAAAUGCCAGAUAUUGAUGUCUCUCUGCCCAAAGGAAAGAUUGAAGGUCCUGAGGUGGAGCUCAAAGGGGAAGGUGGAAAAUUCAAGAUGCCGCAUCUCAGCAUGCCCUCUGUUGACAUUUCUCUUCCAAAGGGAAAGGGCAAGAUUGAAGGUCCAGAUGUUGAUCUGGAAGGAGGCACUGGAGGAAAAUUCAAAAUGCCUCACAUGAAAAUGCCAGGUAUUGAUGUUUCUCUGCCUAAAGGAAAGAUUGAAGGUCCAGAAGUCAAACUGGAAGGAGGUACUGGAGGAAAAUUCAAAAUGCCUCACAUGAAAAUGCCAGAUAUUGAUGUCUCUCUGCCCAAAGGAAAGAUUGAAGGUCCUGAGGUGGAGCUCAAAGGGGAAGGUGGAAAAUUCAAGAUGCCCCAUCUCAGCAUGCCCUCUGUUGAUUUUUCUCUUCCAAAGGGAAAGGGGAAGAUUGAAGGUCCAGAGGUUGAACUGGAAGGAGGUACUGGAGGAAAAUUCAAAAUGCCUCACAUGAAAAUGCCAAAUAUUGACAUCUCUUUGCCCAAAGGAAAGAUUGAAGGUCCAGAAUUUGACAUGCCUCAUAUAAAAACUCCCAAUGUUGAUAUCACGCUGCCUAAAGGAAAAAUUGAAGGUCCGGAUGUUGAACUGGAAGGAGGUACUGGAGGAAAAUUCAAAAUGCCUCACAUGAAAAUGCCAGAUUUUGAUGUCUCUCUGCCCAAAGGAAAGAUUGAAGGUCCUGAGGUGGAGAUCAAAGGGGAAAGUGGAAAAUUCAAGAUGCCCCAUCUCAGCAUGCCCUCUGUUGAUAUUUCUCUUCCAAAGGGAAAGGGGAAGAUUGAAGGUCCAGACGUUCAACUGGAAGGUGGUACUGGAGGAAAAUUAAAAAUGCCUCACAUGAAAAUGCCAAAUAUUGACAUCUCUUUGCCCAAAGGAAAGAUUGAAGGUCCAGAAUUUGACAUGCCUCAUAUAAAACCUCCCAGUGUUGAUAUCACUAUGCCUAAAGGAAAAAUUGAUGGUCCAGAACUUGAACUGGAAGGAGGUACUGGAGGAAAAUUCAAAAUGCCUCACAUGAAAAUGCCAGAUAUUGAUGUCUCUCUGCCCAAAGGAAAGAUUGAAGGUCCUGAGGUGGAGCUCAAAGGGGAAGGUGGAAAAUUCAAGAUGCCGCAUCUCAGCAUGCCCUCUGUUGACAUUUCUCUUCCAAAGGGAAAGGGCAAGAUUGAAGGUCCAGAUGUUGAUCUGGAAGGAGGCACUGGAGGAAAAUUCAAAAUGCCUCACAUGAAAAUGCCAGGUAUUGAUGUUUCUCUGCCUAAAGGAAAGAUUGAAGGUCCAGAAGUCAAACUGGAAGGAGGUACUGGAGGAAAAUUCAAAAUGCCUCACAUGAAAAUGCCAGAUAUUGAUGUCUCUCUGCCCAAAGGAAAGAUUGAAGGUCCUGAGGUGGAGCUCAAAGGGGAAGGUGGAAAAUUCAAGAUGCCCCAUCUCAGCAUGCCCUCUGUUGACAUUUCUCUUCCAAAGGGAAAGGGGAAGAUUGAAGGUCCAGAGGUUGAACUGGAAGGAGGUACUGGAGGAAAAUUCAAAAUGCCUCACGUGAAAAUGCCAAAUAUUGACAUCUCUUUGCCCAAAGGAAAGAUUGAAGGUCCAGAAUUUGACAUGCCUCAUAUAAAAACUCCCAAUGUUGAUAUCACGCUGCCUAAAGGAAAAAUUGAAGGUCCGGAUGUUGAACUGGAAGGAGGUACUGGAGGAAAAUUCAAAAUGCCUCACAUGAAAAUGCCAGAUUUUGAUGUCUCUCUGCCCAAAGGAAAGAUUGAAGGUCCUGAGGUGGAGAUCAAAGGGGAAAGUGGAAAAUUCAAAAUGCCCCAUCUCAGCAUGCCCUCUGUUGAUAUUUCUCUUCCAAAGGGAAAGGGGAAGAUUGAAGGUCCAGAUGUUGAUCUGGAAGGAGGUACAGGAGGAAAAUUCAAAAUGCCUCAUGUGAAAAUCCCAGAUAUUGGUGUCUCUCUGCCUAAAGGAAAGAUUGAAGGUCCAGAAGUCGAACUGGAAGGAGGUACUGGAGGAAAAUUCAAACUGCCUCACGUGAAAAUGCCAGAUAUUGAUGUCUCUCUGCCAAAAGGCAAGAUUGAAGGUCCAGAGGUAGAGCUCAAAGGGGAAGGUGGAAAAUUCAAGAUGCCCCAUCUCAGCAUGCCCUCUGUUGAUAUUUCUCUUCCAAAGGGAAAGGGGAAGAUUGAAGGUCCAGACGUUCAACUGGAAGGAGGUACUGGAGGAAAAUUCAAAAUGCCUCACAUGAAAAUGCCAAAUAUUGACAUCUCUUUGCCCAAAGGAAAGAUUGAAGGUCCAGAAUUUGACAUGCCUCAUAUUAAACCUCCCAGUGUUGAUAUCACGCUGCCUAAAGGAAAAAUUGAUGGUCCAGCGGUCGAACUGGAAGGAGGGACUGGAGGAAAUUUCAAAAUGCCUCACAUGAAAAUGCCAGAUAUUGAUGUCUCUCUGCCUAAAGGAAAGAUUGAAGGUCCGGAGGUAGAGCUCAAAGGGGAAGGUGGAAAAUUCAAGAUGCCCCAUCUCAGCAUGCCCUCUGUUGACAUUUCUCUUCCAAAGGGAAAGGGGAAGAUUGAAGGUCCAGAGGUUGAACUGGAAGGAGGUACUGGAGGAAAAUUCAAAAUGCCUCACAUGAAAAUACCAAAUAUUGACAUCUCUUUGCCCAAAGGAAAACAUGAUGGUCCAGAAUUUGACAUGCCUCAUAUCAAAACUCCCAGUGUUGACAUCUCUUUGGCCAAAGGAAAGAUUGAAGGUCCAGCAUUUGAAAUGCCUCAGAUAAAAACUCAGGAUGUUGAUAUCACUCUGCCCGGACAAGAGAUAGAUAUUCACAGGGAAGCUGACUCGCAUGUUAAGGGAGAACACAAAGGUAUGAAAUUUAAAAUGCCAUUAAUAGAUAUCAAAGGUCCACAUGGAGACGUGGAGCUUGAUUUAGGACUUUAUAGGGGAGAUGACAAAAUGGACAAGAAAAAAGUUGAACUCCCCGACCUGCCUCUCAACACAACAGGAGCAUAUAGCAAAGUGAAAGGGCCUAAAGUCAAAGGAACAAAAUUCAACAUCGGAAUGCCAAAAAUGAAAAUUGGCAAAGAUCUAUUAGCAGAAGCCAAAAUGAGCAAUGAGGAGUUAGGUGGUCAAGUCAAACACAAGUGCAAGGUUAAAAAAGAAUUUGAGUUUGAAGUUAAAAAUCACAAUGGACAGAAAGAGGACAAAGAUCAUAUUAACAUUGUAGUGCCAGAGGUUACGUUACCACAUGUUAGUGUAAAAACCAAACAAAGGUCAGCUCACCUAGAAACAAGAGGAGAAGUUCCAGAAGUCCCCAGGAUUCCAGACAUAGACUUUGAUAUUGGUCCAUCACAAGAUGAAGAAUAUGACAAAACGGAAAAAGGCAACAAAAUCAAAAUUCCAAAGUUUGGCGUUCCAUUACCUUCCAUUUCCUCACCUGAAGGAAGAAUGUUUGGGCCAGAGGUUCAGUAUGAGGGUCCCAAAAUGCCAAAAGUAAAGAAAGCAGUUUUUGUCUUGGUUAAUCCUUCCCAAUCAGAUGAAACUUCUCCAUACACAAGAUCUUUAGAGAAGGAGACAACAGCUGGGUAUGAUUCAGAGGAUGUCAAAGUGAAGUUACCCAAAAUAAAAAUGAAGCCAGACUUUAGGAAGGCCAAAGAUAAGUCAGCUGGUGUGAGCACAGAGAUAGAGUGGGGAGGAAAGGAGAAGUCACAGGGAGUGUCAUUUUAUUCUGACAAAUCUAAGCCAUUUGAUGUCAGUCUCCAGGGAGAAGAUUCAAGACUUAAAGAUGCAAUUCCUCACAAGGACUCAUGGGACAAUAAAGGGACGUUCAGUGGUAAAAUUAAACUUCCAAAGGUGGAGUUCACCAGUCCAUAUGGCAAGAUGGCUGCUGAGGAGGAGGAGGAGGAGACUGAAAUGAGAGUGAAACUAGAAAAGGGUUCAUCAACAGCAGAAGUGGGAGGAGAUGCAAAAGAGCUUACAUUAAAAUCAGGCAAGGCAGCUUUUGCUGGUUUAACCAAUGAGUCUUCGAUGGAUGUGGUGUCAUCUCAUGCCAGAACAGAGAUGUUGGAUAGGGACAGUUCGGAAUCUCCUGAAGGUUCUGCAAAGGAGUUCAGGUCAACUGAGGUCCGGGUUUGGAGUGAGAUGGAGAGCACAGAGUCUGAAGAUAGAGCGUUUUCUUCCUGGUUCAAGGCCCCUAAAUUCAGCCUUAAGCCACACUCCACAGGCUUCCUCCAGAUAACCCCAGAGGGUUCUCCUCAGGCCCAGCGGGAGGGGGAGGUGGGAGGUGUGGACGAUGUCGUGGGAUCCUUCUGCUUCCACAGCUCAGGGCUCGACUUCACCACGCUGGCAACAUCAGAGGAGCACCAAGAGUCUGCUACAGAGGUGGGAAGUGUCACCACUAUGACCAAGACCACCAGAAUCACCAAGCACAUGGUUACCACAGAAACACGAACAGGGGAAUCUUCGACAACCAAAACAACAACUCGGCAGGAGCCUAACUACUGAGGAUGCUGUAAUAAUGUCUGUUAUGUCUUCUUUGUUUUUCUUUGGUGAGGUUGCAGUGUUUUUGUAAGCUAAGCCUCCUGUCUUCAUAUUCUGUGAGUUAAAGUAUGAACAUGAUGAACAGCAAUGGUAUUUCAUUGACCAGCAAUAUCAUCAUAAUCAUAGCAACUAGUUAUGUAUACUUCCCUCUUUCAUUUUAAAUGUUUUUGUUACUGUUCUUUGAUUUGUGUCUUGUUUAGACCGACAUAUUUAUCAGAUUGUGUUUGUUUUUAAAGGUUUGAUGCUGAAUGUCAACAUUGUUUAUUGUUGUUUGUGUGACAUUGAAAUAUGCUGGAAAGAUUCAUUUACAGCUUCAUGGAUUUGACCAUGAUUUUAUGGUGAGGUCAAAAUAACUAAUUUGAAACCUCAGCAGUACAGGCCAGACAAAUAUUGAUGUAAAUACAAAUAUAGUUUAUAAUAUGCUUUUAGAGUAGUAGCCUUUCCAUCUGAUUUGUACUUUUUUCAUAUUCAUCAAAGUCAGGAGUACAAAUUACAUAUAUAUUUUAUGGUUUUUUUUGUUUUUUUUGAAGCAUUUACUGUAGUUGGUGCUUUUAUCCAGAGAUUGUUGCAGGUUGUACUCCAUCUACUGUGGAGAUCAAACCUGUGACCAUAUGGUUACAGGUUGAAGGAUUCAACCUGCUGCUAAUCUCAUUUAUAAGGAUGUUUUUACUGUACACUGCCAGAAAACAACACCACUGUAUAUUUUGUGAUGACUGAGGCUUUGGCCUCAAGAUAAAGAUGCUGAGUGAUGCUGAUGUUUUCAUGGCGUGUUUGAACACACUGAUAGCAGGCAGGGAAGAAUGUAUGGCUGCUGUUUGAAAGUUAAAACCAUCAACCUUUUUUUUUUCUUGGCUGCUACAAUGACACACUGAUGAAGGUGUGGCGAGUCUCAAGCUUGUUCACCAUCAUGUAAAUAACAGAAAGAGAAAGUAGAUAUGAAGUAAGUAGAAAGAGUGAAAUCGUAUGAUAAAAUGCAUGAAGACAUUCUGACAAAGCCACUCUGUAUUUUAUGCAUUAACAUUCAAUGCUUCACCUUUAGCAGGUUUUUUGUUAAAGCUGGGACGAGAAUAAAGACAGUAGUGACAGCCUCUAGGUUUCCUUUUAAUUUUCUGAUUUAAUCAUGUGCAUUUAUUUCAAAUAAUAAGAGGAUUUCACUGCUAAGUGGUUUUGUCAAACAAUGCACUGGAAAGAAUGUUGGUUAAUAUGUUAUAUCAAUAAAAUAAUAUUUCCAAAUGAAAAA